AUGGGAGGUUGUUGCUGUAAAUUGUGUCUAUGGUGUUACCCCUCCAACACCCAAUCCAAUCUUCAAGACUUACCAGACAUCGAGUUCAGCUUGGACCAACUGAAAACUGCCACGUCAGGAUUCUCACCCGAUAACAUUGUUUCAGAACAUGGUGAGAAGGCUCCCAAUGUUGUCUACAAAGGAAAGAUCGAAGAUGAUAGAUUGGUUGCUGUGAAGCGCUUCAACAAGUCUGCUUGGCCUGAUUCUCGACAGUUCAUAGAGGAAGCACGUGCAGUGGGGCAGCUAAGGAAUGAGCGGUUAGCUAACUUGGUUGGUUGUUGCUGUGAAGGAGAAGAGAGAUUGCUUGUUGCAGAGUUUAUGCCCAAUGAAACUCUCUCCAAACAUCUCUUUCACUGGGAAACACAGCCCAUGAAAUGGGCAAUGAGGCUGAGAGUGGCCUUGUGUUUAGCACAAGCAUUGGAAUAUUGCAGCAGUAGAGGAAGGGCAUUGUAUCAUGAUCUUAAUGCUUAUAGAAUUUUGUUUGAUCAGGAUGGCAACCCUCGGCUUUCUUGUUUUGGACUCAUGAAAAACAGCAGGGAUGGCAGAAGCUACAGUACAAAUUUAGCCUUCACCCCUCCUGAGUAUUUGAGGACCGGAAGAAUCACCCCAGAAAGUGUAAUUUACAGUUUUGGCACACUCUUGCUUGAUCUUCUGAGUGGCAAGCAUAUUCCACCCAGUCAUGCACUUGACCUUAUACGGGGCAAAAAUUUUCUGAUGCUGAUGGACUCAUGUUUGGAAGGUCAUAUUUCAAAUGAUGAUGGAACUGAAAUAGUGAGAUUAGCUUCGCGUUGUCUACAGUAUGAACCUCGUGAGAGGCCAAAUGCCAAGUCACUUGUGACUGCUCUAACUCCCCUUCAGAAAGAAACUACAGUUCCAUCACAUGUUUUGUUGGGCAUUCCAGAUGAGAGUGCCCCAUCAAAGGAAGCAGUUCCGUUGACACCUUUUGGUGAAGCUUGUUCUAGAAGGGAUCUCACUUCAAUUUAUGAAAUUUUGGAAAGGGUGGGGUACAAGGAUGAUGAAGAUGUUGCAAAUGAGCUUUCCUUCCAAAUGUGGACGGAUCAAAUACAAGAAAUAUUAAAUUAUAAGAAGCAAGGAGAUUCUGCUUUCCAUGCCAGAGACUUCUCUAAGGCCAUUGACUGCUAUACACAAUUCAUCGAUGGUGGGACCAUGGUAUCCCCAACUGUGUAUGCAAGGAGGUGCUUUUGUUACCUGAUGAACAACAUGGCACAAGAAGCACUAGGAGAUGCCAUGCAAGCUCAAUCAGUAUCACCCACUUGGCCAACUGCAUUCUAUCUUCAAGCAGUGGCCCUUUUCAGCCUUGGGAUGGACCAUGAUGCGGAGGAAAGUCUUAAAGAUGGCACAACACUGGAAACCAGAAAACAGAGAAAAUCAAAUUGAAGUGUAUAUAGUUUUUUCUUCCUUUCUUUUGAUUAUCCCCUUCAUUUUCUCGGGGAAAUAUUACAAGCAUUAGGUGCAUGUUUCUUCCUCUAUCCAGUAUUUUCUCCACCAGGCCUCAAACUCUUGAUUGUCACCCCCUAUAAUUUAAAUAAAACUGAAAUUGGUCUAGUUUGUAUAAAAAUAUUAUAUUUUAUGGCCGGAACCGAUUUCCUUUCGCUUGCAGGUAUAGGUACCCUCAAACAUAUUCACCAAAACUUUAAAUGUUAGUAUUUAUCCAUCAUUGCAUUGCAAGACUU